AUGGCGAAAUCUUACUCAAAGUCUGAAUUUCAUAAUUUAAUGGAGAAAGUGGAGGUAGUUGAUGUUAGGGUGAAGAAUUACUUGGAGUUGGCGGGAUACGAUAAGUGGGCUAGGUCAUAUGCAACAGUUCAUAGGGGAUGGACCUUAACAUCAAAUAUUGCAGAGUCAAUUAAUGUUGCACUGGUAUCAGCUAGAGAACUUCCAAUAUAUGAUUUUUCAGAGGAAGUUAGAUUGAUGUUUGGUAGAUGGAACUGUGAAAACAGACAGGAGGCAUUGUACACACGCACGGAUCUUAUUGGAAAUUUUCAAGCAAUUCUCCAACAGAAUGAAGCAUAUUGUACACGUAUGAAGGUUAUACCAGCGUCAGAGUACGUCUAUACUGUCCACGAUAAGGAGAAACAUUUUAUAGUUUGUCUAAAGAAAAAAAAAUGUUCUUGUUAUGCAUUCCAAUUGGAUGAGAUACCAUGUGUGCAUGCUUGUACUGUACUUGAUAGCAAGAAUCUUGAAAAAUGA